AUGCCCACCACUCUCCUCUCGAGCUCGCGCUUGAAAUCAUCACAAAUAAUCAUGUCUGUUGACCAGACGUCCCCUGUAAACGCCGUAAUUCCAGUUGCAGUCGGCGACCCCGCACAUGGACAGCCUCCUUCCUACAAGCACAAAUACCAAGAGCUCGACGAAUUCAUCAGUCGCCUCCACUCCCACGCCCUAUCAGCAUGCACCUCCCCACAACAUAAACAAGUCCACAUCGGCGCGUACGACGAUUCGUACUUCCCCUGCGGUCCGCGCGUAUCAUUUGACUCCAAAUUCCUGCCGUUUCCCUCUCAGCCAUGGGAAUUGCAGACCAACGACAUCUGUCUCGAGUACGGUGUUAAAUGUAGCAUAGCGGAGGACGAGAGGCUUGUCAGGGGCCUCCCGCUAAAGCUUGUAGGGAGCUGGAGGCGAGAAAAUCAAGAUUAUGAGUUAGGCAAUAUCGGGGGGUCACCGGUCAUCGACGACUAA